CAAGUGUGCUGGUGCUUCUCACAAGUAAAAUAACAUUUUACACCGCCUUCAUCAGAUCUGGUUCUCUUAUGUAUUUUGCACAUCAAGAGCAGCUUUCAUCUACCAGAAGCAUAAUUGCAUUGAUGUGUUGUGGAAACUGACUUCGUACUCCUGAGUUGAUAUGGGUUUUGAUAUUGAAUGCAUAAUCGACAUCCAUACCUAUCCUGGAGAGUAUUUCUGUCCUGUUUGUCGCACACUCGUAUUUCCUAAUGAAGCCGUCCAAUCACAGUGCACUCAUCUCUACUGCAAACCUUGUCUGGCACAUGUUGCCAAUGGGAGCCGAGCCUGUCCUUAUGAUGGAUACUUGGUGACUGAAGCAGACUCUAAAGCCCUUAUCGAGUCGGACAAGACACUUGCUGAAAGCAUAGGCAGAGUUAAAGUGCGUUGUCUCUAUCACAGAAGUGGAUGCACAUGGGAAGGUUCCUUCUCUGAUUGCACUUCCCAUUGUUCUGGCUGUUCCUUCGGCAAUUCCCCAGUUGUAUGCAAUAGAUGUGGAGUCCAGAUUGUGCAUCGACAAGUGCAUGAGCAUGCCCUGAGUUGUCCUGGUGUAUAUCCUGCACAGCAGACAACUAAUGGUGCCCAAGAUAAUCCUAGCUCUGGUGCAGCCACCACUGCUGCUGGUACCGACUCGAAUCGAACUACGGCUCAUUCAGGAACUCCAGCAUCACAGACACCAAACCCUCAAACCACAACUGCUUCUCUGCUUCCUGGACAAGAUCCCAAUCAGCAAACAAAUGCCAGCUCUCAGGCUCUUGCUACUGCUUCAGCUGGUGUGCCUACUUCAGAGCAGUGGUAUCAGCAAUAUUAUCAGCAAUAUGCAGGAUAUGAGCCUUAUCAACAGCAAACUUAUCAACAAUACUAUCCUUAUCAGCAACAACCCCUCCAACAAUUUCAGCAACAACCUCACAUUUACAUGCAGCCACCAGCACAACCCCAGACCCCGGUCCCAGCCCAGCCCCAGCCCCAACCCCAGCCCCAACCCCAGCCCCAGCCCCAGCCCCAGCCCCAGCCGCAACCACUUAAUCCUCAAUCUCAACAACAACCUCAUACUCAAAUGCAAGCUCUACCUAAAGGGCCAACUCAACCACAGGUUCAACCUCUGGCACAACAGCAUCAAAACCAAGUCAACCCAGUGCAGCAGCUCCCACCUACUAUGCAACCUCAUGCCCAAAUUCCAUCACAAAUAUAUCCAGCUUCUGGUGCUCAUCCACCAUAUUCACAGACCUAUCCAAUGCAGCCUCAUUCACAACAAUAUGUGCAAGUGCCACAGUAUCAGCAGCCUCCUGCCCAGGUUCAUCCCCCUCCAUCUUCUCAAGCCCAACCACAUCCUCCUGUGCAACCACAACCUCAUUCACAACUCCAGCCGCAAAUAAAUGUGCAACAUCAUCCACAAUCUCAUGGCCAAUUGCGGCCUCCUCAGGUCGGCCAGCCUACUCAUGCACUGGGUCAGACCCUCCCUUCAACAGCCAAUGCAGUUUCAGGUUUCCAUUCCUAUCCACAAACCCAGCUCACGCAGCAAGUGGCUAUAGGGAUGUCACAGCAACCUCCAAUGUAUCCACAUCCUACUAGUGGGUCUAUGCCUCUGGUUCAAACUCAUGGUCAGGUUCCUCAACCUCCCUUAAUGCGCCCACCUCUGGGUCUAAUCGGCAAUCAGCAACUGGGGCUGGUACCUACUCAAGGUCAAGUUCCUGCGCAAUCUCAACUUUAUGCUACUGCUCAACAAGCAGGACACUCAAUUCAGCAACAUCCUGUUCGGCCUAAUCAACAGCCAAUGUCUCAACAGUACAGUCAACAUCAUACAUUUCCUGGUCCAUUUCCGAGCCAAUCACACCAGCAAGGUCAUUUUACUCACCAGCAGCCGUUGCAGUCUCAAUUUCGCCCUCAAGGUCUUCCUAAUGUGGUGCCUCAAAGUUUGCAUGCAUAUAUUCAGCCACAGCAAAAUGCCACCUUACCACCUCCCCCACAACCUCAACAAUCUCAAACAUAUAUAGGAAGGCCUGGGAUGCAAAAUCAUGUCCAGUCGAUUUCACAGGCUCAUGGUGGAUAUAAUACUACAGCCCAGGUUAGACCUGUCCAGCCUGCUUUAAGCCUGCCGCAAAUAAAUCCAAGUUAUGGGAGCUACACGAGCAAUGAGCACGAGUCAAUGGAUCAGAAGAUACGGUUAGCCCUAGAGAGUAAAGGUGAUCUGUUACCUGACAAAACUUCAGGACGGCCAGAAGUGGGAGUUCCUUCCCAGGACAAUGCUCAAAAGGAUCUAAAUUCUCUUCCAGCCAAAUCAAUUGAUGACGAGUACAGACAGAGGGGCAGCAGUGAUAUAGAUGAACAUAAGGGUGAUUCAGAUGAGCUUAUGGACAAAAGAACUGUUAAGGAAGAGGAAAAUGAGAAUUUUUUGAAGCCUAAAUCUGCUGCCAAAUCAGCUGAUGCAACAGUUAAGCCAGACAAAGAUGCCUGUGAUGAUACUCCAAAAGAACUGGACCAGACUUUGGAAAAGCAUGAAUCUUCUGAUGCUGCUGAUGGUUCGAUUAAGAAUCUGAACUCUGGAAGAGAUUCACAUGACUCUACCAUUGACAGAGGGGUUUUUCAGCAGUAUGGGCAUGGGAUGCCACCACCGAAAUAUGGACCGUCUGCGCAGCAAAGGCCCGUUGGUCCUAUGAUAAUAUCACCAGGGCAACCUGCAGGCAGUGCUUCUCAUGCCCAACUCCCUGGAUAUCCCCCCACUGCAAUGAUACCUUCAGGGGAUGUGCCUCAGGCUGGUCAGCCAUUGAAUUCUCUUGAUCAUCAUCCACAAUUCCUGAAGCAGCCUAGUAGUGCCCCCCUUGGUGGUAUCCCUGGUCCAGGGUCUAUAACAACCUUUGCUAGGGGGCAUGGUCAUUUUCUUCCACCAGGUGAAUUCCCAGAGGGGAUAACGGGAGUAGGAAGAGCACCAUUAAGUGGUACUGAAAUUCCUAGUGGAACACAACACUCAGUUAAUCCAGCAGAGGCUGAAAUGUUUCAAAACCAAAGGGUGAAUCGGUUUGAAGGAAAUCAACCAAACCCAUUUUCCUCUGGGUCUUUUGAGAAGGUUCCAUUUGGCCAACCUAGAAGUAUGGAAUCAGCUAGGGAUAAAAGGUUGAAGGCGCCUAUGGGGGAGCAUUUAAGUCCUUUGCCAGUGCCUCGCGAUCAAGGAUCAUGGCCACAUGACAAACCUCCUCGCGGAUUAGGAUAUGAUUCUGGAUCAAAAUUUGAGGCCAGUACCGGGGUUCCCCCUAACAGAUUAUUGCCUCCACAUCAUCCUCCUGGUUCGAUGCAUUUCAAGGAUAGUGGAGAAAGAGAAGCACCACUUGGUCCUCAUGACGAUGAUAGAAAAAGGGGAGGAUCUGGAUUUGGUGUGCAUCAUAUGGAUUAUUUGUCUGCCAGAAACCCUGAUGGGGAGUUAUUUAACAUUCCACCACGUGGAUUUGUAAGUCACUCAGGUUUUGAUGAUAUUGGUGGCAGAGAGCCCCAUCAAUUUAUUGAAGGGCCUGGACAUUUCAAUUUACCUUCCAAUCUAGCUGGCGGUUUAUACUCUAAUGGUAGGUUCCAAGCUUUGCCUGGCCAUCCACAUGGAGUAGAGACUGAUGGUCUUGGGGAUUUGAGAGGUGGUGAGCAUACUACCUUUGGUCGUCCUUACAAACAUGUCCAGAGUGGUGAUCUGUUUGGAAAAGACAUGCCGAGUCAUUUGCAUCAUGAUGAGUCUUUGGAUCCUCUGAAAUUACCAAGUCAUUUACGUUUUGAUAAACCUGCUGGCUUUGGUUCCUUCGCUGGCCGUGCUUAUAUGGGGGAGUUGUCUGGGUUUGGAGAUAUUCCUGGUUUUGGUGAAUCAAUUGGACGCAACAAACCUGGUAUGCCACGGUUUGGGGAGCCUGGCUUCAGGAGCAGGUAUCCUGUCCCGGGAUAUCCGAAUCACGGACUUUAUGCAGGUGAUGUGGACUCCUUUGAUAGACCAAGAAAGAGGAAGCCCACGAGCAUGGGAUGGUGCCGCAUUUGCAAGGUUGAUUGUGAAACCGUUGAGGGCCUAGAUAUGCAUUCACAGACAAGAGAGCACCAGGAUAUGGCUAUGGAUAUGGUCAGGUCUAUCAAGGAGCAAAACCGAAAGAAACAGAAGACUUUUAGUGAUCGUGCUUCAGUUGAAGAGAAAGGGAGGACUAGAAAGGCAGUGUUCGAGAGCCGUGGUAGAAAGACUUGAGCUUGGGAUAGUAGAUAGGAAGUGAAAGGCUGUGUUUGAUGGUUGUAACUAAGCCUUCAGUCAAGCAUUUGCACCACAAUGUAGGUGAUUAGCUUUACAAUCUUUCUUCUUCUUCUGGGGGUUUUUAUCCUAGCUUUGUCAUUUCAGGUUGCUGCCCUGUUGUUGGAAGAUGGUUUGGAUUGGAAGUUUCUGUGGCAGUUAAGUUGUUUUGCCCAUGGUUUUGAAAACUUAUUUUUCCUGUAUUAGGACAAUUAUGUCAACUUAGUCCUGGUGGAUCUGUAGCUAUAUUCUGCACUUUCUUGCUUAUGCAACCUAGUUCAGGGAACGUUUCCUGCUAAUUAAAUGUUGCUAUGCGUUAGUUUCAGUUCUUAUGCGAGAGUUCCUAUAAUAUGUAUGCUGUGAUCUUACCUCUGUCUUCUAGUGCUCGUUCAUGCUUCGGGAAUGAAAUAGUAACUAAUUGUGAUGCUUCAUUGGAUAUGG